CGUCUGGCCCCAGGGAGAGGUGGGGUGAGCGGUAGUCCACACCCACGCAACUAUAAAGAGGGAACCUCCAGCCGCUGCUACCUCAGCCACCCUUCCUCAGCCACUCACACACCUGGACCAUGGACCCUGGAGAGUGCACCUGUAUGUCUGGAGGGGUCUGCAUCUGCGGAGACAACUGCAAAUGUACAACCUGCAAGUGUAAAACCUGUCGCAAAAGCUGUUGUCCCUGCUGCCCCCCAGGCUGUGCCAAGUGUGCCCGGGGCUGCAUCUGCAAAGGGGGCUCAGACAAGUGCAGCUGCUGCCCCUGAAGCCCACCCACGGCGCGGGGAGAGAUCCUGAGAAGUGACUGCACAGUGCCUGUGUCAAAGGAUUGGAUUUGUAUGAUAAGUUGUGCCUUUUAUAUACGUAUGCCCAAAUGCGGUGCUGGUGAUGUUCAUGUAAAGGUCCUGGAGGAAUAAAGUUUUUGUGGCUA